UAUUUUCAUUUGAAUUGAAUUGAAUUAUCGAUUUUUAAGAUCAUUGCACGAAAGUUUACAAUCUCGAUAACGUUCGUUGAUAUUUGUGAAUAAAUAUGCCCGAAAUGAAAGGAGAACGAGGCGAAGAUGAGGAUACUAUUGGCAUAUACGUCGGAGGUAGAAACAUUGAAGGCGAAAGACACGGCGAGGGUUGGGCUGUGCUGCCGAACGGCGACUUCUACCAGGGCUGUUACUGCCGCGGACUCAGGAAUGGGAAGGGCUUGUAUGUAUUCAAAAACGGUGCGCGCUACGAAGGUGAAUGGCGUCGUGCGAUGAAGUACGGCGUUGGGCAAAUGACGUAUCCUGACGGGUCCCGUUACGAAGGCGAUUGGAGAUAUGACUUGAAGCAAGGCUUCGGAGCAUACUACUACCCUAACGGCGACAUUUACGAAGGGGCGUGGUUCAAAGGCAAGCGCCACGGACUGGGAACAUAUUUCUACGCAGAGUACCAAGUUAAAUUCAUGGGAACGUGGGUGGACGGUGUUAUAGAAGGGCCAGGCCAGAUCAUGUACCCUCGGGUUCGGUUCCACGGCUCAUGGUUUAAAGGUAUGCCAAAAGGACCUGGCUGUUUCGUAUUCGAUACAAAUUGCAUGCAACACGGAUUCUACGAGCUGAUCAAAGACCCAAAAUAUGAGGAGUACGGUGAACACGAAGAAGAAAAGGAGGAAAAAGAAGAGAAAGAAGGGAAAUUUGAAGGCGAGGAAGAGGUAGAAGUAGACGAAACAGCGGGUAAGAUAUCAGUGUGGCGCGCGCGCAACGUAACUGCGUACCUGGCGGAGUUCUUACCGCCGGAGCCGGUACCGCUGCCAGUGCACGACUCGGUGCCGUCUCUUACGCACGAGAGCGUCAGCACCGAGCUGAUGCAGUUCGAACCACCCACCUUGGCUUCUGAGCACGAGGCUGACGAUAACGACUCGUGGUUGCUGCAUCGACAGCAGUUCAUUGAAGAGGCGGAGCAGAAAGAGUAAGGGAGGUGGUAUAUAACCGGACGACGAUGGUUUAAACGGAACGGGUAUAGCGUUUAAUUGGUCAGAAAUAAUAUCAGUAACUUAUAUUUGCGCGG